AGUUCUUAAUUUAAACGUCACCAUGCCGGACCAUUUAGGAAAUGACAUGCGAAAGGUGAAGAAUGAAGAGGAAAAGGAAGAUAAGCCAAUUCAAGCGUUGGACGAAGGAGAUAUUGCACUUCUGAAGACAUAUGGGGCAGGACCAUACACGUCCCUCAUCAAAACGGUCGAGGAGGACAUCCAGAAUGCGAUGAAGAAAGUCAAUGAACUCACAGGUAUCAAAGAAUCGGACACGGGUCUAGCCAAUCCAGCGCUGUGGGACCUCCAGGCAGACAAGCAGACCCUGCAGAGUGAACAGCCGCUGCAGGUGGCGCGGUGCACCAAAAUCAUCAACGCCGACAGCGAAGACGCCAAGUACAUCAUCAACGUCAAACAGUUUGCCAAGUUUGUGGUGGAUCUCCAUGACAACGUGGCACCCACCGAUAUUGAGGAGGGCAUGAGAGUUGGGGUUGACAGAAAUAAAUAUCAGAUUCACAUCCCUCUACCUCCGAAGAUCGACCCGACGGUGACAAUGAUGCAGGUCGAGGAAAAGCCGGACGUGACGUAUUCCGACAUCGGAGGCUGUAAAGAGCAGAUUGAGAAGCUGAGGGAGGUUGUGGAGACACCUCUCCUACAUCCGGAGAAGUUUGUGAACCUGGGCAUUGAGCCCCCCAAGGGUGUCCUGCUCUAUGGCCCUCCAGGCACCGGCAAGACCCUGUGCGCCAGGGCGGUGGCCAACCGGACGGACGCCUGCUUCAUCAGGGUCAUUGGAUCGGAGCUUGUCCAGAAAUACGUCGGGGAGGGAGCCAGGAUGGUGCGUGAGCUCUUCGAGAUGGCCCGCACCAAAAAGGCCUGCCUCAUCUUCUUCGACGAGAUUGACGCCAUCGGAGGUGCCCGGUUCGACGACGGGGCCGGGGGUGACAACGAGGUCCAGCGCACCAUGCUGGAGCUGAUCAACCAGCUGGACGGCUUUGACCCCCGGGGCAACAUCAAGGUGCUGAUGGCCACCAACCGGCCCGACACCCUAGACCCGGCCCUGGUCCGGCCGGGCCGGCUGGACCGCAAGGUGGAGUUCGGGCUUCCAGACUUGGAGGGGCGGACCCACAUUUUCAAGAUCCACGCCCGCUCCAUGAGCGUGGAGAGAGACAUCCGCUACGAGCUGCUAGCAAGACUCUGCCCCAACUGCACAGGCGCUGAAAUCCGCAGCGUCUGCACGGAGGCCGGCAUGUUUGCCAUCCGGGCCCGGAGAAAGGUGGCCUCGGAGAAGGACUUCCGGGAAGCCAUCAACAAGGUCAUCAAGGCCUACGCCAAGUUUAGUUCCACACCACGCUACAUGACGUACAACUAGGCUAGUGUGCUCCUCCCAAGAAGAUAACUUUUUUCAAUGUUUUUUUAUUUUUAAUUUGAGUUACUGUGUGUGAAGUUUCAGUGGUCGUUGCUUUCCAGUUUGCUUAUUUGACACCACAAAACAAUGUUGCUCAAGUUGGCGUCAGUUCACUCAAACUCACAUUUGAAAUAAUGCACUCAUAAUCACAGCUGCUUUCGGUGAAUAAUUUGGCUGAUAAAAAAAAAACAAUUAGCAAAGGUAGGUUUCCAGCCAUUAUUACGGAUGUUAUAACUUAUUCUCACUUCCCAGACAAUUCUUGGCCAUUUAACUUUGAAGGAUUUUUCUCUGAUUUCUUCAGCCCCACGUGACUGGUCCUUAGCCACGUUUUCUCUGUGGCGUGGAAUAGUAUCAAAUUCUUUUGCAUUUUUCCCCAAGACAUAUUUAAAAAGUGAACACUUCAUUGUCACUCUUAACUGUUGGUAAUAAACCAGAGUUCAUGUAUGCCCAAAUGCA